AUGCCGGCGUUUCUAGCAUCGUCGCGGGGGAGGCGCUGCUGCGAACCUGCCUGCUGGACAAGGGCACGCAGCGACUGGUCCGGGCGACGUUCGGCGAAAAUACCUCCAUGGACAUGGUGGCGACGACCCUGCUCUCGUGCGGCUGCGCCCACGAGACCGAAAUCUACCCGGCCGACAACAAGCACUACGAGGCGGAGAACCUCUUCGGGCAUGCGCACAUGCUUCAGGGCGACACCAGCGGGGACAUGGUGUGCCCGGAGUAUUCCCACUCGGAGUGGGAAAACUGGUACGACGGAAUGCUGCGCUCCGGGAUGUUGUACCUCACGGGGCAGCAGCAGCAGCUGCUGGGCAACGCCUGCGUGCACGGGCAGCGCUGCCAUUUUUUCAUCAAGAACGGCCGCUGCACAAAAUCCCACACGGAGGCCGACAUGGUGGUCUUGCGGCGCAAGCGGGCGGAACGGCUGGCGCGGGAGGCGGCCGACAAGGAAAAGAAUCCGUGACUAUCUAGUGAAAACAGCAGCCGCAAAGGCGGAAGCACUGCCACAGCCUGCAACGUGGCCCCGGCUGCAAAAGCGGGCAAAAGCUCGCACUACGAGGCGGCAGAAAGAUCUUCAUCUUCAAAAUUCCCACCCUGUACAAGAACUACGAACUUUGUCCAAGCACGGAAACAGCACGAGAAAGCACUGCAGACCACAUCUGAUCCUUCAUCUUCUAGCUUUAUCGCGACUACAAGCACGAAAAUACCGACGGCCCGCACUUUGCCGGCGUCGGAAGAGCAAGAUCCUGCAGCGAGAGCGAGAUCAAGCUUUUGUACUACCAGCACUACGAGAUCAAAUUUUUGCACUGCCGGCACUACUUGUUCCAAUUUCAGCACUACCAGCCAGACAAAUUCCUGUACUACCAGCACUCGCAACAGCUUCGGACGCAUUUUGCGGACGGAGCAAAACAGAACUUUUUCUACUACCGGUUCCGGGUCGAGCAUUUUGCAGACCGGAGGCGGAAACGAAUUGCGGCAGCGGGGACCAUGCAGGUCCGCAACGGGGGAAGAUGAAAAAGAAGACGGCGAUGAUGAAAAUGAUGAUGAAGCGAGAGAUGAGAGAGAAAAUUCAGUGA